ACUGCGGGGUAGGAAGUGAACGACGAGAACAACGAACAAAGUGAAGAGCAGGAAGGUUGGAGAGGUGGAGAGGUGAUGACCAGAAGGCAUCCAGACUGAGACGCAAGGCUGAAGAUGAUGGCCAACGGCGCACGGCUGGCGGCUGCGCAUGCUUCCAUGUGGCGAGGCAGAGCCGCGCUGAGCUGGGCAGUGCUGUCUCGAGCACAUCAGCGCUUCCCCGCCAGUUACGCAAGCAGAUUCUCCUCUGCAACCGCAUUGCUCUUGUUGCCGUCAUGCCGCCGUUCUCGAGAGCGACAGAGCUUGUUCGCGAUCUUACGCCCGCACCUGGAGCGCCACAGGAUGGUGUUUUGCCCAGCCAGCCUUCGAUCGCUCUUAGCGACGUACCACGCAUGAAAACAUUUCUGAUGGACGACUUGUUCUCUCAAGACCUUGAGGCGAUGGCGCCUCGCUUGUGGAUCAUGACCACCCCAUCCAGCGAGAACAUCAAUGCUUUGCAUCGACAACGGGUCAAGGGCCGCGAAAUCAUAGUCACAGAAGAGCCUCGGCUACACCUUGUAUGGAUACACAACCGCAUCUUCAUCAAGCCCCUUCCACGGUACCUUCUAUCGUACGCGUUCUGGGAAGGCUUUUUGGACGAGCCUUCAGACCGGCUAGGUGAGGGCAGAAGCAGCAUUCGCAAGGCUGCGGCUGGCUUCCUGCGCACAUACCGCCACUUGAUCCGACACGAGACAGACUUCAACAUCGCUCAGCACGAGCACCUCAGCCUCAUUCCCAAGGACGUGGACUGGCCGUCCUUUUGUCGCUUCACAUCAGAGCUCAGCAGCAUAGACGACUCUGCUGUGUCGAGGAGGUACUGCUUUGGCGAGCUGAGGCUGACGCGGCUCAACCUCUACGCUCCGCUGCUGCUUCGCAAGUUCCACUUCGAGCAGGUGCAUGGACAGUAUGGCGACUUCUUCGCGCGACUGUACGGGCCCAUCCUUUUCGUGUUUGCUCUGGUCUCUACGAUUCUGAGCUCUAUGCAAGUUGCGCUUGCGGUCGAGCAGUUGGUCGCGGUGCAAUGGGUUUCGAUUUGGUAUGUGUCUCGUUGGUUCAGCGUGCUCAGUCUGAUGGGGAGUGCUGUUGUUGCUGGCUGGUUUGCAGUUCUUUGGCUGUGGAUGGUAUUGGACGAGUGGGUAUAUACUGCAAGACAGAAACUGGAGAAGCGGCAUAACGGUGUGGUUGACCCAAAGUGCUGAAUCAUUACUGGAGACAAGGGCAGUGUCUUGCAAGAUCUAGGGAGUUCGAGGUGUGGAGCAAAUAGGUGAGAAUGGUGUCUCAAUAAGUGUCCCUUUCGACCGUCAGACAGCAAGCAAUGAUUGCAUGUACAGUUCGAAGCAAUAUUCAGCAUAAAAAGCAUUUUGUUAUGCCUCCUGCUAGACGC